GCGACGUGAUUGCGUCAGAGCUUCAAGUGACUUCCCAAAACGCGCGACGAAAGCACGUCUGCCGCAGGCUGCAGUCUUCACCUGCCUCAGACUGUCCUCUGCACCCAACAUGAGGAUACGUAUAAUGUAUAUCGGUGGCGAGAUAAUAUGAGCAUCUCACAGAACAGCGAGUUCCUACGAUAGCCAUCCCAGUCUGGACCUCCGCCAUCAUGAGUGGCCGAGAGCCAGCCGUGUCCUCGCACGCCAACCAGUACAUCCGUGCGGUCCUCCACCCCACCGAGGCGCCGACUGAGAUAUCCGUUCGCUAUUUCUACACGUCGCCACUCGCUAUCGACGAUCCGCUCUCGCCUAUACCUCCGCCAGUGACGGGCGCAGCAGCGGCUGCAAAGAAGCAGCUCCCCCGUCCGUUCUCGCUGUACGACAAUAAUGCCGUGAACACGGCAUGGCUGGGGCUGAGGAAGAAGAUACUGCAGCACAACGAGGAGCUUGGCGAGAAGAAGGAUGGCCUCGAGCUGGGCACGCCGGCGAAUCCGGCGGUCGCUCGUCUGAAGCGUAGGAGAGCCGGCAGUGCACCAAGGGAAGGGAAAAGCCCCACGGGCAGGGAUAUACCGCUCGGGAGGUCGAACAGUAGCGGGCAGUACUCGAGGUCUGCCGAGCUGUUCUCGGGUGCACGAGCCAGCUCCAGCGGUAGCAGUCAGGGCGCAACUUUGGGGCAAUCGAUGAAAGCACUCGAUCCGAGCUCGGCUUCGCCCACAUCCGGCUCUACGACUACAGGCACGCCCUUCAUUCGAGCUCCGUCACGGACCAACGUUGCCAAGGCAUGGAAGCCUGCGUCAAUGGAGGGUGGCAGUCGGCCGACAAUACACGAGGUGGACAGCUACAGGUGGGAUGACGAGAUGGAGCCGGCGCCGUCAAGCGGCAAAGACAAAGGUCCUGCGAGGAGUCCGUCGAAACCUCGCGCGGGGCCUUCUGUCCAGGUACCUGUCGGCGUGUCGAGGCUGCACCAUGUAGCCAUGGACGCUGAGUCAAUACGGAUGGAGCCAAUCUACUGGUCGCCUCUCAGUGACAUAUCUCGGAUCAUUCGAGGAACUUGGUUCUACAAAGACUCGAUGAUGCCCGUGGAGGUUGAGGUCGCGAAUAUGCUCGAGGCAGGAUACAUCGAAUUACAGCCUUGGACCCAAACCUGGAAAGAUGAGCUGAGCAGUGCAGUUGAAGUAGGGGCGCUGGGAGAGAUGAAAGUCCUGCACAAGCUAUGGCCUGACAAGCCUUCAGCACCAGACAGCAGACCUUCAACUUCACAGCAGAUGCAGACGACGGGUCUGGUGCAGAGUACUUUGCCGGGCGAACAGAGUAGCCCGGAGCAAGAGCGCCUGGACAUAGUCGAGAACGCAUGCGAUCGAAUAGAUAUCUCGAAUGGACCGAAUGGGCCGGACAACAAGGCAGCAGGGGAUCUCGAGUACGGCGCCGCUGGAUACAAGCAGCUGUACCUCAAAGCCGGUGUUAUUUAUGCUAGCGACAAGGAUGCAUACAUUUUGAAACCAGCCCUACAGCCGUCCGACUAUUACGGAAGACGUCCGCUCGCAAAUUAUAUCCGGAAGGGUAGGACCAUCGGUGUAUGCGUCGUGCGCGGGUUCGACCAGACAAUCUGGGACAAGCUCCAUCCAAGCAAGUUAGAUUCGACUUCUCAGAAAGCAUACCAAGGCGCAUCUACUGCUCAGGCUGGCGCACCAGCGUAUCAGAGGCUGAAGUCGGAUCCCGAGCUUGCCAUGUCUGAACGUCCGCGAGUGACAGAUCUUGUACUGGUCAUCCACGGUAUCGGGCAGAAGCUAUCUGAGCGUAUGGAGACGUUCCACUUCACACACGCGAUGAACUCAUUUAGAAGGGAGGUGAAUGUUGAGCUGGGGACGCCGGAUGUCAAGCGCCACUUACGGAGAGACAUGGGGGGUGUCAUGUUGCUGCCGAUCAACUGGCGACAACGUGUUUCGCUCGAGACUGGCGCUGACACGGAGGUCGAGCAUCCUACUGCCAACAAGUACACACUAAAGGAUAUCACACCAGUCACACUCCCAUCCAUUCGUAAUAUUAUUAGCGACGUCAUGCUCGACGUCCCGUACUACCUUUCGCCGCAGCACAACCCCACGAUGAUCGCCGCUUGCAUACAGGAAGCGAAUCGCGUUUACAGACUAUGGUGUGCCAACAAUCCCGGCUUUGCGGAAUACGGCAGGGUUCAUCUUGUUGCACAUUCCCUGGGCUCCGUGAUGGCCAUCGAUAUCCUCAGCAACCAACCCACCCGUGUCGACCCCGGCUUGACCAACCCGACAACGCCCGACAACGCCCUUCCACGAGACCACUUCAUCUUCAACACGACCGACCUCUUCGUCUGCGGGAGCCCUGCCGCCUUAUUCUUACUGAUGAAGGACGCAACCCUGCUCCCUCGCCGUGAUACAGUGAAGCCCGGAGCAGACUCAUACACCAUGCCGGACGUCGCCGGCGAACAAGGCACCUACGGUUGCAUCGCAGUAGACAACAUCUACAACAUCAUCAACCCCUACGACCCCGUCGCAAUGCGCAUCAACGCCACCGUCGACGCCUCGUACGCCGAGAUGCUCAAACCCGCCACCAUUCCCUCGUCCUCAUCGUCCUACUUCUCCUUCGUCAACCCCUUCCGGCGCGCCGAUUCCUCCGCACAACUGCAGAAGCCAUCCACCGUCCGCCUCCCGAGCAACGUCGAGCUCGAGACGCACAACUUCACGCGCGAAGAGGUUGCCGAGAAGAGAGCGUAUCUGCUCAACGACAACGGCCAGAUCGACUAUUUCAUGAAGUACGGUGGUGGCGCGCUGGAGAUCCAGUACCUCACUAUGCUGGGCGCGCAUAGCAGCUACUGGCUCAGUCGCGAUUUUGUCAGGAUGAUCGUGCUCGAGGUCGGCAGAGAGGCUGGAAGGGAAGGCACGAUUGAGCGGAUGCGCGCGGUUAAGAAGAAGAUGACUGUUGGGGGUGGGUGAAUUGAUGCCGGGAUGGGAGAAGUGGAGUGGUGUUGUUAUACCCCCUUUUUUGAGAAGAAUAAAGAUCAUAUUGUUGAAGGGACUUUGAGGUGUUCCGUCGUUGCGCGCGAUCUCCCCACGCAAGCGUGUGCUGCACUGACGCCACUGUCCUUGCUCAGAGCUUUAUCUCCCUCGACGGACUCGGUGUUCUCGGGCGAGCAGACAGUCACGGCGUGCGUCUGCUCACUGACGUUACUCCUGUGUGCUUUGCCUCUGCCUCUGCAGCAUUCUCUCCGUACCAAGCGUUCCUCUUAAGACGCUGGCAGCUG